GCCGAGGUAACAUCGUUCCGCGGUAGAUAUACACCCCUAUUAUAAUUCGAAUUCGCCUCGUUCGACCGAACAUUGUCGUGUGGAGUGCAGUGAAUUAACGUGGUAGUGCUCUUCGAAUGUUAUAGUCGCCUGGUACCAAAUCGGACUUAUGGUUUUAAAUGAAAAAUGUAAACGGCGAGCGUAAUGCGCCUACGCCUGUGAUGUCUCUAAUAUGCAGUGGGACAGCCUCUACUUCGUGUUUCUAGCGUUAUGCUGCAUCCAUACUGCAUCUGAACCGUUGCGCUUUCCUGAAGAUUAUCGAACGAAUGUUGUUCGAAGACGACGAAGCGAUGAGAAGGACAAUCUCGCCUUGUCCAGGGAGAUAUUCAAAAAUAUCACGAAGCAACUACGCGAAAAUAUCAAGCGUGAAGGAGCGACUGACAGAAACGAUCAUUUGUUACAGAACAAGGUAGAAGAGUCUCGCUCCUAUGUGCCAUACCAGAGUUACCACGAUCACCAUCAUGAACACCACUGGGGCCCGUACUUCGAGGAGGAGAAGUACACCCAAGUGACGGCCCAUGUUGGGGCAGAGGCCUUGUUGAAUUGUAGAGUCGUCAUGCUCAAGGACAAAACGGUGAUGUGGUUGAGAAACACAACGGAGUCAGCACAACUCCUCACCGUUGGUCCAGCUUUAUACGCCGGCGACAAUAGGAUAGCAGUAAAGUUCCAAUACCCAAACAACUGGAGACUUAGUAUGAAUCCAGUGAAACUAACUGACGCUGGUCACUAUAUGUGCCAAAUAUCCACACAUCCCCCAAGAACGAUAUUCACAAACCUCACAGUUUUACCUCCCGUAAUCUCCAUAAAUGGUGAUGAAACACAUGAUGUGAAAGACAGAUUUUAUAAAGCGGGUAGCGCUAUCAAAUUAUCUUGUAUCAUAUCAGAACAAUAUGUGUCAUCUAUACCUACUAAGACCCCAGUAACGACGCCUGUACCAACAACUACACCCUUACCUACAACUACUACAACAGAAUUAACUACAAAAAUGAGUACAAUAUUCAAUAGAAUAGAUUUAAUGAUGAAUAAAAGCUGGAGUGUCGAGACGACGACGAUUACUUCAACUGUUAGCGUAAGUACUACAACUAAGAAAGCACCAGAGAAGACCACGACUGAACUGACUACUAUGAAACCUACAACACCUCCUAUAGAAAAUAAUAUUUAUGGAAUUUUUUGGAAGAAACAAGGAAAGGAUUUUACUGAUAACGUCACUUGGCGGAAUAUGAGUGCUACUAUCAGUGUAAGUUCAGCAUCACAGAAUGACAGUGGGACGUAUACAUGUCACCUGCAGAACCAUUCGCAAGUCACGAUAAAUGUUCACGUUUUGAUUGGGGAGAAUCAAGCCGCUGUACAACACAACACAGGGAACAAAGGAACACUUUUCUGGCAACCCCAAAUUUUGGCCUUUGUCUCAUGCACAACACUUUUAUUAUUUUACCCGUGA